UUCAAAAUAUUAAAGGAGUUGAUAGCAAAUAAAGAAUUUAUAUAAAAAAAAAUCCUAAUCUCAUCUCUUUGUCCAUUCUAGGGUUUCCUUCUUCAGAGCUAACCGGACAGCAGCCCCAGAAACACACCGGCAGCGAAGAUGGGUCGUAUGCACAGUCGAGGUAAGGGUAUUUCUGCUUCAGCACUCCCAUACAAGAGGACUCCACCAAGUUGGCUCAAAAUAUCUGCACCAGAUGUUGAAGAUAACAUCUGCAAGUUUGCCAAAAAAGGUUUAACACCCUCUCAAAUUGGUGUUAUUCUUCGUGAUUCCCAUGGCAUUGCUCAGGUGAAGAGUGUAACUGGUAGCAAGAUUCUCAGAAUUUUGAAGGCUCAUGGACUUGCUCCUGAGAUUCCCGAGGAUCUCUACCACCUUAUCAAAAAAGCAGUUGCAAUCCGGAAGCAUCUUGAGAGAAACAGGAAAGACAAGGAUUCCAAGUUUAGGUUGAUUCUUGUUGAGAGCAGGAUUCACCGACUUGCUCGCUACUACAAGAAAACAAAAAAGCUUCCACCAGUCUGGAAGUAUGAAUCUACCACUGCCAGUACUCUUGUGGCAUAAGAGAUGACAACGGGAGCAUUCAGAGUGCUACUUUCUUUGCCAAGUCAUAUCUUAGAAAUUCUACAUUAAGCUGUUUUGGCAUGGCCAGGAUACUUGAUUUGGUGAACAAAAUUAUGUACUCGAGGAGCUGAUAGGGGGCUUCACUUGAUUUCUUGUUUGAGAUUUUGACAUUGAGACUUGUUAUCUGUGGUAUACUUAUUUUGGUUUAGCAAAGUUUUAAUUAUCAUCUUGUGAAAUUCUCGAUUAUGGUUAUACUCGCCGCUCUGGUACUGAAGACCUGUGUUAGCUUAUUGGUUUAGUCCCGUGUAAACCUUUUAUUUUCAA